UCAGCGAAGCCGGUGUGUGGUGGGCCAAAACUAUUCAUUCCAAAGGUUGUGAUCAGCUGUGUAUUACUAAUAUUAACCACCAUUGCCGGGCAUUGUUGUUGUUGUUGCUCGGCGGGUAGUUUUCACCCUAUCGCGGGUUGAACUCUGGCUAGAAGACUUAAGAAGUGCAGCAGAACACUGGCAGAAGAAGUCGUCGGCGAAGAGGAAGAACCUGCCGAGGGAGAUAAUUUGGUAAUUUAUUUAUUGAGAGAGAGAGACUCAGCUCGAGAUCGCGCAGGGAAGGCCCACCUUAAACGAUUGCCGUGGCCGAAGGUGUGUACUAGGUCUGUCGUAUACUAGCCGUAUAAAAGAUUGAACAAGUGCUGGGUGGCGUAUCAGUCACUUCUAAGUCGUCUUCUAGCUCAGCGGAAUUCCUUCUCUUUUAGGGUGUCAUAAUGUAUAGCAAAUUGAUAAUUCUGGCUGCCAUGGUGGCGAUCAGUGUGGCCGCCCCGCAGCGGCGACUUCCGGCGGGAUCUCCCGAGUCACAGGCGGUGAUUCUGGCGCAGGAUUCGAACCUGGAACCGAACGGAGCGUACAGCUAUCGGUACGAGACUAGCAACGGAAUAGCUGCCCAGCAGUCGAGCUAUGAUGGGGCUAACGCCGCUGGAGAGUAUUCGUACACCGGUCAGGAUGGAGUUCUGUAUCGGGUGGUUUACAACGCGGACGUCAACGGAUUCCAGCCACAGGGAGCUCACCUUCCGGUGGAACCCCCAGUACCGGAUCAUGUCCUGAAGGGACUCGAGGACAUCCGACGCAGUCCCCCGCGGGAUCCCGAGUUCAAUCUGGCAGCCCUGGACGCCACCAUCGCCCGGCUGCGGGCCACCCUAGGUUGAGGUCACCAAAAAGUAAAACGAAAACUCCAUCCAAAUUGACCUUCGUUAUCGUUGUUUAAUUCUGUGUGUCAAUAAAUUAAAAAGCUUGAACCGUGUCA